AUGUCUCAAAUCAUUGCACCAUAUUCCAAGGGUGAUGCAGAUAUUCUUAUCAAGGUCAUGGAUGGCGACAACGAGUAUACCAUACUCAUGAGGGGUCGAGACAAGAUGAGAGACUUGAUGAAAAGAUUCUGGAAAGGAUCGGCCAAGAAGCCACACCCUGCUCUCUUCACGUUCAAAGGUAAGAAACUCCGAGCUCGCUCCACUGUAACUUCACUCAAACUGGUCUGCGGUGACAUUAUCCAGUAUUCAGCUACCGGCAAAAAUCCCAAGGAAAUCUACUUCGAAGACAUCUACACACUCGCAGUAAGCUGCAAGCAGUUCAGCGACAACCUCAGAAAAAUCUUCCCCUACAUUCCUUGGUUUCAGUCACCCAGUGGAAUCACGUCAGAGCAGAAGUUCGCAGUCAAUGUGGGCAACAUCGAGGGUACAUUGUGGAAUCUUGCACGUCUUCACCAUGCGCCUUAUAAUCGGGAAUCUUUGAUGGCUUUGGCGUCCGCGGAAUGCUUCCUCGCCACCUUCGUCAUGGAGAUGUUCAACGACGAUGACGUUCUAUGUGAUACAGCAUUCUUCAACUACGACAUGUAUCAGGAGAGAGCAGUGUUUGCUAAGUUGUGCUUGCAUUCCGCCUUGAAUAGGGAAAGCUUGUUCAAGACCACGACAAGUCUUUCGACGAUUCCUCUGUGGCCAGUUGAGGUUCUCGGACUAGCAAACGAAGACACAAUUAUGGAUCAUAUGCCGGAUGCAACCGACGACGCCGAGGUAUGUCUUGUCUGCCAUGACUGUGUCGAGACCCCAACUGCUAGUGACAUAGAGGCGAGUCCAGACUUGGUUGCCACUCCAUGCUGCCACAAAUUUGCACACGCUCGGUGUCUUGCCGAAUGGUUUGUCCAUGGCGUUCACGGUGAUGAGUUCUACAAAACAGGGACUUGUCCAAACUGUAGAGCAAUCUACCCUACCGACGAUGCUUAUGUUAUCUACCGCAAGGCCCUGUCUCUUAUAGCGUCUCGAGGGAAAUACACAAACGAGACAGGCCUUUGGGCAAGCAAGUGGUGUGAAAACGAGAAUCGGCCGACUUAA